AUGGUUGAAAUGAUCACAAAUAAUUUCACCACCGUGGAAGAGUUCAUUCUACUAGGACUAACCAACAAGAAGGACCUGCAGAUAUUGUUAUUUAUUGUAUUCCUUACAUGUUACAUUGUUUGUUUAAUUGGUAACAUAAUAAUUAUUUGGAUCAGUAGUACAAACCCUCGACUCCACACUCCAAUGUACUUCUUUUUGAGAAAUCUCUCCUUCUUGGACAUCUGGUAUACGUCAAGCGUUGUUCCCAAAAUGCUCAUAAACUUCUUAUCAGUCAAGAAAACCAUAUCAUUUGAUGCAUGUUUCAUCCAGUUGUUCAUCCAUCUAUCUCUAGGGGGAGCAGAGUGCUAUCUUCUGUUGACAAUGGCUUAUGACCGGUAUGUGGCUAUAUGUAGCCCCUUACAUUACACUAAUAUUAUGCAUCCCACCUUGUGCAUUAAAAUGGCAACUGCUUCUUGGGUUGGUGGUAUAGCAAACUCAAUAAUACAGACAUUCAAUACAUUGCAGUUGCCCUUCUGUGGUCCUAAUGUAAUUAACCAUUUUUUGUGUGAGGCACCCAUAUUGUUAGAAUUAUCCUGCACAGAUACAACUUUUAACAAAAAUAUAAUUUUCUUUUGUGCAAUAGUGGUAGCCGUGGUCCCCUUUUUCUUCAUUCUUAUUACAUACAUCAAUAUCAUUUUCAGCAUAAUGAAGAUUCGUACAACCACAGGACGGAAAAAAGCCUUUUCCACUUGUGCUUCACAUGUUAUUGUAGUGACCUUAUUUUAUGGCACCAUUUUUAUUAUAUAUUUGAGACCAGGGACUAUUCAUGUCAGUAACCAAGACAAAAUGGCCACCUUGUUAUACAGUGUUUUAACACCAAUGCUUAAUCCAUUGAUCUACACUUUGAGAAAUAAAGAUGUGAAAGUUGCACUAAAGGAAAUUACUUGGGAAAACUUUGAA